AUGGGGUCCUGGUCUGGGACGGCAGCUUGGCACCUCCACCACGUCUUCCAGGAUCCUGCGGCUCCCUUGUGGGUACUUGUAAGCCAGACACUAGUGGUCCAUCAGGCCCUCGCCCUGGCGGCCUUCCAGUGCCUGGCCACGAGCCACGCCAGCCGCCUGUGGGAGCAACUGCGGCAGUUCUGGGCCGACAACUUCUCCCGGAGAUUCUCGCCUCGGCGCCCCCCACUGCGCCGCAUCUCCUCCAUGUCCACUUUCUACCUGCUGGACCACCGCACACGCCAGGCCGAGCUAGGCCUCAGCUACGGAGCACCACGCAUGUGCCUCAGUGGCGAGGCCUAUGUGUUCCGCGGCGGCCGCUGGACAGCCGAGGGCUCGCUGCGGGGACCGCGGGCACCGCUGCCCUCGUCAGCUCUGGCGGGCUGGAAGGCGCAGGUGCAGCGGGUCCGGAGCCAGGCACUGGAGGAGGAGAACAACUACUUGAAACUGCAGCAGGAAGUGCUCCUGGACAUGCUGACGGAGACUACGCUGCGCCUGCACGUGUUGGAGCAGCAGCUCGAGCCCAUGGGCAGCCCGGCGGCCGCAGCGCCCAUCUGCCAAGGGACGCGUAAACGCCAACCUGCUGCCGGCGCGGCGCUCCGGGGCGAGCCGCGCGCUGCAGCCGCGGGGCGGCUGGGCGCCUUUGUCUCCACCGCGGGAGGCUGCAUUCGCCGGGGUCGGCGGCUGCUCGGGCCCCCGCACUGGGGCCGUGCAGGCACCGCGGUCACCGCUCAGACAGGCCGUAACGGCCCGUCCGCUCCCCACCCGUACUCGUAA